AAUAUUAUAUAUGACAAGAAUAAUAAUUUAUAUGAAAAGAAAAAUAUGCACUAUAUAUGCAUUUCUAUAAAUAAUUUACCCUUUUGUCCUAGUUUUUGUGCGUUGUUUUACAUGAAUGCAGAUUUAAUUUUAAUUUUGUAGCCGUAGAAAGAGCAACGUGAUAUAUAAUCAGCAUGCAUAUCACACAAAUUUUACGUGGAGCUCACUUUGGCAAUUUAGCUAAAGUUCAUGGUAUCGUAACAUACAAAAUUUCACCAUUCGAACAAAAAGCUUUUGCUGGUGCCAUUAGCCAUGGUGUCCCUAACACAAUUAGAAGGAUUAGAACUAGCGUUUUUCGUGUUGUACCGCCCUUCAUCAUUGGAUAUUUGAUCUAUGACCUUGUUGAAAAGGAGCACGAUCGCUUGUUGCGCAAGGACCCAGCAGAAUUUGCAAACGAUUCUUAAAUUUAGUUAAAUUAUAUUAAAAAUUGAUUUUAAAGAAUAUAUUGGUAUUCACAAAUCAUUCACAAAAUGUAACGCUUUGAAAGUUUACAUCAUAAAAUUGUGUGUUAAAAAUAAAUUGCUAGUGAAGAAAUGUUAAA